AGCAAGUCACUCCACCGCCAUCCGAAGGCAAAAGCCAUGGAGCUCACAGGCAACCCGUACGAUUAUGAAUACGAGGACGAGUUUGACAACGACACCAUGUGUGACUACUCGGAAUGGGCGCCGUCCUACUCGGUCAUCCCGGUGCUCUACAUGCUCAUCUUCAUCCUGGGCCUGUCGGGCAACGGCGUGGUCAUCUUCACCGUAUGGCAGGCGCAGGGGAAGCGGCGCGCCGCCGACGUCUACAUCGGCAACUUGGCCCUGGCUGACCUGACCUUCGUGGUGACUCUCCCCCUGUGGGCGGUGUACACGGCCAUGCGCUACCACUGGCCCUUCGGGGUGGCCCUUUGCAAAAUCAGCAGCUACGUGGUGCUCCUCAACAUGUACGCCAGCGUCUUCCUGCUCACCUGCAUGAGUUUCGACCGCUACCUAGCCAUCGUGCAUUCGCUGUCCAGCACCCAGUUGCGCACUCGCGGCUACAUGCGAGCCUCCCUCGCCGCCAUCUGGACGCUGUCCAGCCUCCUAGCCGCACCCACCCUGCUCUUCCGUACCACCCGGCACGACCUGGGCAGCAACCGCACGUCCUGCGCCAUGGACUUCAGCCUGGUGAGCGACAAGACUCAGGAGGCCAAAUGGAUCGCCGGCUUGAGCAUUUCCUCAACCGCCUUGGGGUUCCUGCUGCCCUUCCUGGCCAUGAUGGUGUGCUACGGGUUCAUCGGCUGCACCAUCACGCGCCACUUCAACACCUUGCGCAAGGAGGACCAGCGCAAGCGGCGGCUCCUCAAAAUCAUCACCACGCUGGUGGUGGUCUUCGCCGCUUGUUGGAUCCCCUUCCACGUGGUGAAAAGCGCCGACGCUCUCUCCUAUCUGGAUCUGUUCCCGGCUACUUGCGCUUUCCUGCGCUUCCUGCUCUUGGCCCACCCGUACGCCACUUGCCUGGCGUACGUCAACAGCUGCCUCAACCCCUUCCUGUACGCUUUCUUCGACCUACGUUUCAGGUCCCAGUGCCUCUGCCUGCUCCACCUCAAGAAGUCCCUGCACGCCAGUCCGGCCGGUUCCUUGUCCUCCCAGAAGACUGAGGCCCAGUCUCUGGCUACCAAGGUCUAGCGCGCCUGGAGGACUCCGCCAUUGCUCGGUGCUUACUUAAAAGACUCUCGGCUCUGAACUACUGACUUUUGGCGAACUUUGAAGGGACCAAACGUGAAGUAGACCGUGUGGAAUGUAUCCCCAAAAAGGCCCGGGUUCUCUUUUUGUUUUUCUUUUUUGGGUGGUCUUGGACUCAAGUUUUACAACCCAAGAAUGAAAUGUCAUACUUUUUGUUAUUCUCUCAAAGGUGGCAAAAGUACUGACACAGAUACUUGUGUUAAAAAAAGGACUAAAAGUAGUAUGAUUGAACUUCAGUACAGACUCUGAAAUAUACAAAAAUGAAUGUUGUGUCAUUCUUAACUGUACUAUUUGGAUAACUAUUGAAAAAAUACAAACUAGUUGGCCGUUUUUAUAAUCACGUCGCAUAGUGUUAGCGAGCUAGCAUUUUAUGCUAUCAAAACAAAGUGCUGCCGUUGUGAACAGACUAACAAAACAAUAAAUUAGCUUAUUAUAACAGGAAAAAAUGCAUAUUAAUUGUAGUUUUUUCAGAUUUAACACAUUACAUUCACCUCUUAUCAUUCUUUCAUGGCAACAAACAAUUCUCUUAAAUAAUUCCUUUGUCAUUCAUGCUCCUUGUUUCACCAAUCUUGCUGCUUCUACCUUUUUUUCCAAUCAAUCAGUCAGUAAAAUGUGUCUCUAACCUGGUCUUUGUACUAAGUUACCUCCCACCAUUACAUUUUUUAUUUGUAAGCUCUUGAGGUGUGACAACCCAGCAAGACGUCAGUGUCUGUGGCAUUUCCAGCCUGUGGUGUGUUACUACAGUCGUGUGUGUGCGUGGGUAUGAAGUGUCAGGCUCUGAUAAGCGUGGUAAGGAGAGACAGGGGGUCUCGGGAUGCAAGGAGGGGGUCUAGACAGACGGACAGAUGGCAGCUGACAAAUGUUUUCAGACUGCCUUAACUGAGAAGCCAAUUAAAAGGUGACUAGUUUGACAGGCAAUGUGUGUAUUGUAGUGUGUGUGUGUUGUCAGCCACAAUGUGUUUGAUCCUGACAAAAAUAUGAAUUUGUGAAUAUUUUUUUACAUGUUUUAUUUGUCUAUGAUUUGUAAUAAAAAAAAUGCAAAACCCCAAA